AGGGAUGUCGCUUGCCGACUGCGGCUAAUCCCUGAGCGUUUACGGAGUCCGUUGUCAGGGGCGGGACUUCCGUUGUCAGGGCAAAUGUCCGGAGCGGCUCCUGUUGUUGCUGUGCGGCGCCCAGUGUGAGAUUUCAGCAGCGUCACGUCAUCUAGAUGGGAUAAGCUGUAAACAUGUUCAGCUUCGAGGGAGAUUUUAAAACAAGGCCGAAGGUUUCGCUCAGGGGAGCGAGCAGAAAGGAAGAUAAAGCUUCCCUUUUACAUCGAACCCAGGAAGAGCGGCGCAAACGAGAGGAAGAGAGGAGGAGGCUGAAAAAUGCAAUAAUCAUCCAGUCCUUUGUACGAGGCUACAAGGACAGAAAACAGCAAUACACCAUCCAAAGAAGUGAGUUUGAUUCCUUUGCCAGCUCAGCUGCUGCAAAUGGGGGUGCUACGAAUGGAAGCCAUCUUGUGCUGUUAGUGCGCAAACUCCUGUUUUUCUACAGACAGAAUGAGGACUCUAAACGCUUGAUAUGGAUAUGCCAGAAUUUGAUCAAACAGAAUUCCCAGUUUGUCAAACAGCUGAUAGGCCCCGACAGGCUGACUUGCCUGUAUCAAAUAAAGCGGCUUUUAGGGUUAUGCUGCAGGUUAUUACAGCAAUGCCACGAUGACAGCAUGAAUGUUGCACUACCUAUGAGAAUGCUUGAAGUGUUUUCAUCAGAAGUUACAUAUUUGCCUGUUUUACAAAAUACAGAAUAUGUUGCUUCGCUAAUCGAACAAAUUUUGCACUACAUGAUUCAAAAAGGAUACUACAGGUCUCUCUACUUGCUAAUCAAUAACAAGCUCCCUCCUAGCGUUGACUAUACAGAUGUCUCCAGAGUCCCUAUCGCAAAAGUCCUGCUAGAAAACGUUAUGAAACCAUUGCACUUUACUUAUAACUCCUGUCCUGAAGGCACAAGGCAACAGGUUUUCACGGCCUUCACGGAGGAGUUUCUGGCGGCACCUUAUACAGAUCAAAUAUUCCAUUUCAUCAUUCCAGCACUGGCAGAUCUGCAAACUGCUUUUCCAUACGAGGCUUUCCUAAAUGCACUUCUCAAGGAAGGACAACAGCACUCACGGACAAGCCACAGAGCUCCCUGGCUCUUCUACUUUGUGCUGACAGUGGGUGAAACCUACUUGGGUAACCUGUCAGAAGAGGGGAUGUUGAAAUAUCUGAGAGUGCUUCAGACCUUUCUAUGUCAGUUACCAGUAUCAGCGUCUGGCACAAACCAUCAAGAUCUCAAUAGUGAUUCUGAAGAUGAUGAUGACGAUAUCACGAAGAUGCACACCGCAGCCGGCGAUGGGAAAAUUUCAAUGCAAUAUAUGACGGAAGAGUGCCUAAAGAAACUGGACACCAAACAACAGACCAACCUGUUGCUCAAUAUGGUGUGGAGAGAUUCGGCCAACGAAGAAGUAUUUACCCUAAUGGCUUCUAUCUGCCAUACAUUAAUGGUGCAACAUAGGAUGAUGGUACCCAAAGUCAGGUUGCUGUACAGUCUGGCUUUCAAUGGCAGAUUUUUAAGACAUCUCUGGUAUUUAAUUUCUUCAAUGACAACGAAAAUGAUUACAGGGUCUAGGGUGCCGCUCCUUCAGGUGAUUUCAAGGGGUUCCCCCAUGUCACUGGAAGAUUCCAAUCGGAUCAUCCCCCUGUUUUAUCUCUUUAGCUCUUUAUUUAGCCAUUCCCUUAUUUCGGUACAUGAUAAUGAAUUCUUCGGGGAUCCCAUAGAAGUUGCAGGCCAGAGACAAUCAUCGAUGAUGCCUUUCACAUUAGAUCAGUUGGUGGUAUUAUCCCGAUGCCUCCGAGAUGCCUGCUUGGGAAUCAUUAAGUUGGCUUAUCCCGAGACAAAGCCCGAAGUACGCGAAGAGUACAUGGCGGCGUUCAGAAGCAUCGGAGUGACCACAAACGCUGAAAUGCUGAAGCAAAUACAGGCCGAGCAAAAGCGAUGGAUCCAGCUUUUUAAGGUGAUCACCAAUCUGGUUAAAAUGCUGAAGUCUCGGGACACAAGGAGAAACUUCUGCCCUUUAAAUCACUGGCUGUCUGAACAAGAGAACAUUAAAGCUGAUAAGGUUACCCAACUUUAUGUGCCGUCAGCCAGACACGUGUGGAGAGUGAGGAGAAUGGGCAGAAUAGGACCAUUACAGUCUACAUUAGAUGUUGGCCUGGAGCCUGCCCCAUUGUCUGUAUCUGAAGAGAGGCAGUUGGCGAUAUUGACGGAACUCCCCUUUGUGGUUCCCUUUGAAGAAAGAGUAAAGAUCUUCCAAAGACUCAUCUAUGCUGACAAACAGGAAGUCCAGGGGGAUGGACCAUUUAUUGAUGGAAUCAAUGUCACCAUUAGGAGAAAUUAUAUCUAUGAAGAUGCUUAUGACAAGCUGUCUCCUGAGAAUGAGCCCGAUCUCAAAAAGCGUUUCCGUGUUCACUUGCUGAACACACACGGCCUGGACGAGGCUGGGAUUGACGGAGGAGGCAUAUUUCGGGAGUUCUUGAAUGAGCUUCUCAAAUCUGGCUUUAACCCUAACCAAGGCUUUUUCAAGACCACUAACGAAGGACUUCUGUACCCCAAUCCCGCUGCUCAUAUGCUUGUUAGCGACUCCUUUGCUAGACAUUACUACUUCCUGGGGAGAAUGCUGGGAAAGGCGCUGUAUGAAAACAUGCUGGUGGAGCUGCCUUUUGCCAGUUUCUUCCUGUCCAAGCUGUUGGGUACCAGCGCCGACGUUGACAUUCACCACCUGGCGUCAUUGGAUCCCGAAAUGUACAGAAAUCUGCUUUUCCUGAAGAGCUACGAAGGCGACGUGGAGGAACUAGGCCUGAACUUUACCGUGGUUAAUAACGACCUGGGAGAAGCGCAGGUGGUGGAACUGAAAACAGGAGGGAAGGAUAUUCCAGUGACCAGCGCCAACAGAAUAGCCUACAUCCACCUGGUGGCCGAUUAUAGGCUGAACAAGCAAAUCCGGCCGCACUGCCUCGCCUUCAGACAGGGGCUCGCCAACGUGGUCAACCUAGAAUGGCUCCGAAUGUUUGAUCAGCAGGAGAUCCAGGUGUUGAUUUCCGGAGCACAAGUUCCUAUCUGCCUGGAUGACCUGAAGUCCUUUACUAAUUAUUCAGGGGGAUACUCUGCUGACCAUCCGGUGAUAAAAAUCUUCUGGAGGGUUGUGGAAAAUUUCACCGAUGAAGAAAAGCGCAAACUGCUGAAAUUCGUCACCAGCUGCUCCCGGCCGCCAUUGUUAGGUUUUAAAGAGCUGUAUCCUGCCUUCUGCAUCCACAACGGAGGUUCUGAUUUGGAACGGCUGCCGACUGCAAGUACUUGUAUGAACCUCUUAAAGCUUCCCGAGUUCUAUGAUGAGCAUCUCAUGAGGAGCAAGCUGCUUUAUGCCGUUGAGUGUGCCGCUGGCUUUGAGCUCAGCUGAGGGACUAGAUACUAGUGCCUACUUUUAAUAACAACGUCAAUUGUAGCUGUUUUUGGAUAGGUGAAAAGCUUCAUUGUAUGAAAAAAAAAAAAACCUGCCUUGAUUUAUGGCUGAAUUAAGUUUAACCUGUCAUUGAUACAGCUUGUUAGGAUUAUCUGUUUGCGAACAUGGCCGGGAAUUAGCGUUGAGAAGCCUCAGGCGUGGUGGGAAGGCUGCUCCAAGAAGAAGAUAUACAGUAUGUGUUCCAUGAUCAUUCUGGGACACUCUCGUUGUUGUUGGGCUACUUCAGCAACAGGCAGAGAACUGCAGGUUAGACACCAAACAUGACAGUGUCUCAAUUUAGAACACACGCCUGGAGUCCAUUCAUUUUCUGACCUUCCGGAAACCCAGCCCUGUCAGCGUUCUCAACCAAAGAAGAACAUCGCAACUUACCCAGAAAUCUUCUGCGGCUUAAAACAGGGUUCCGAAGCUUCAGAAGAAAUAAUAUCCAGUUAUAACAGAGGGAAUCGUGGGAAAAGCUUUGCUGCAGCCAAUCAAUUUGUUUCUCCCACACCUGGAAGUAUUUAUAAAUAUAUAUAUAAACAGAAUUUUAACUGUUUCCACUAAAGUUUGUUGCAUUCACUACCUUCGGCACACGCCAGUCGCCAUCCAAUGUGUCGUUUAUAGUAUUUUAUUUGCCCUUUGUAUUGAAGCGACAACAAAAGCGACAGGUGGGAUUAUACAUUUUAAGUGAUUCUGUACAAUGUACAUCAUGAUUGGUCUAUAAACAGUUGUGAAUAUAAAUGAGCUAAAUGUUUGGUUUCCAUUCUGUACAGGAUUUUUUGUAAUUCUUUUCUUUUUUUGGUCAUGUAGUACAGUCAAUGCUUUGGAGAUGGUUAUACAUGAACACCUAUUAAAUAUUAUUUCAAACAA